GAAGUAAGUUGCCUCCUGACCAACGUAAUCCAGCCGAUUACCGCUACAUAAAACACAAGAGAGACUUCGAAGAGGUCUCCCGGCGAGAGGUGCUUAUAGGUCUGUGCAGCCAGGAUGUCAUCUACCAGUGAGCGACGGGACGCUUUACUAGCUGACUCGACAGCUGGUAUAGUGUCGACACAUAAACAUGCGAAAGAUUGUCUUGUAUGUCGAAUAACAGGCACGGGUGCUCUAGCUGGUGUUGGUAUCUAUGCUUUGAAUCAAUCUCGCGCCCAUGCCCCUGGGUCGAUUGUCGGCAAGCGCAUCAUGGCAGGAGUCGGGGUUUGCUUUCUUGCUGCAAGUGCGCUUCGGUGGACAAAGUAACUUGACAAAUCCGCUUUUGAGACGUUUACAUACAUAUCAUCGCUGGGUGAGAUGUCCUACCGCGAGGGUUCUACUAUGCCCCACAAGGUUAUAUCUCUGUAUUACCCCCGUGAAACAGCUCUCACAGACUUGCGUUAGUGCGUUCUUUACAGCGGGCAUCAAGGUUUAGACCAGUCGAGUCUGCUUACCUAGAAUCCCGGCCUGCGGAGGCAGUAGAGCUUGAAUACGCGCUAGUCUUUUAGGCUUUCAGGUCUGAUGCACACAUUCGUGAGCACCCCAAUGUGGAACACGAAAACAAAUCUUCCGAUCCAUGCAAUAUAUACAAUAUGACAAUCCUAUGCUGAUGAGUCCAGAGA